AUGGCGGCAGCGGCAGGGGCGUCUCCGGAAGGCGUGGAAACCCGCAUGGAUCCCCGGCUGGAGCAGGAGGUGUCCCGGUGGCUGCGAUGGGACAAGAAUUCUUUAACGUUGGAGAUUGUAAAACAACUUGUUGCUGAAGGUAAUAAGGAAGAACUACAGAAAUGUUUUGGGUCUCGGAUGGAAUUUGGGACAGCUGGCCUUCGAGCUGCUAUGGGACCAGGAAUUUCACAGAUGAAUGACUUGACCAUCAUCCAGACCACACAGGGAUUUUGCAAAUACCUGGAGAAGCAGUUCAGUGAUCUGAAGCAAAGAGGCGUUGUGAUCAGUUUUGAUGCUCGAGCUCACCCCGCAAGUGGAGGCAACAGCAGAAGAUUUGCCCGACUGGCUGCAACUACAUUUAUCACUCAAGGCGUUCCUGUGUACCUCUUUUCUGACAUAACCCCAACCCCAUUUGUGCCCUACACAGUCUUACGUUUGAAGCUCUGUGCUGGCAUCAUGAUAACCGCCUCUCACAAUCCCAAGCAGGAUAAUGGUUAUAAGGUCUACUGGGCAAAUGGGGCGCAGAUCAUCUCUCCCCAUGACAAAGGGAUCUCUCAAGCUAUUGAAGAAAAUCUAGAGCCAUGGCCACAGGCUUGGGAUGAUGCCUGUCUGGAUGGCAAUCCACUUCUUCAUGAUCCCCUCGCAUCUAUCAACAAAGAUUACUUGGAAGAUGUGAAAAAGUACUGUUUUCACAGGCAUUUGAACAAGGAGACUCGGGUGAAGUUUGUGCACACGUCUGUCCACGGUGUGGGCCAUACCUUUGUGCAGGCAGCCUUCGAGGCUUUCAGCUUUGCUCCUCCUGUGCCUGUUCCUGAGCAGAAAGAUCCAGACCCAGAGUUUCCUACAGUGAAAUAUCCAAAUCCUGAAGAGGGUAAAGGUGUCUUGACUUUGUCUUUUGCGUUGGCUGAUAAAAUUGGAGCCAAAAUCAUUUUAGCAAAUGACCCAGAUGCUGAUAGGCUCGCCGUGGCAGAAAAACAAGACAGUGGAGAAUGGAGAGUCUUCUCUGGCAAUGAGUUGGGGGCCCUCUUGGGCUGGUGGCUUUUUACUUCUUGGAAAGCGAAGAACCAAGAUCCCAACACCCUUAAAGACACAUACAUGCUGUCCAGCACUGUCUCCUCCAAAAUCUUGAGGGCCAUUGCCUUAAAGGAAGGCUUUCACUUCGAGGAAACAUUAACUGGCUUUAAGUGGAUGGGCAACCGAGCCAAUCAGCUCAUGGACCAGGGGAAAAAUGUCUUAUUUGCAUUUGAAGAAGCAAUUGGAUAUAUGUGCUGCCCUUUUGUUCUGGACAAAGAUGGAGUCAGCGCGGCUGUCAUUUGCGCAGAGCUGGCCAGCUUUCUAGCCACCAAGAACUUGUCUUUGUCUCAGCAACUAAAGGCCAUUUAUGUAGAGUAUGGCUACCAUAUAACCAAAGCUUCCUAUUUUAUCUGUCACGAUCAAAACACCAUUAAAAAAUUGUUCGAAAACCUUAGAAACUAUGAUGGGAAGAAUAAUUAUCCAAAAGCCUGUGGCAAAUUUGAAAUCUCUGGCAUUCGGGAUCUGACAACUGGCUAUGAUGACAGCCAACCUAAUAAGAAGGCUAUCCUCCCGACCAGUAAAAGCAGCCAGAUGAUCACCUUUACAUUUGCUAAUGGUGGCGUGGCUACUAUCAGAACCAGUGGAACAGAGCCCAAAAUCAAGUAUUAUUCAGAACUUUGUGCCCCGCCUGGAAACAGUGAUCCUGAGCAGCUUAAGAAAGAACUCAAUGAACUUGUCAGUGCUAUUGAAGAACAUUUUUUCCAGCCACAAAAGUACAAUCUGCAGCCAAAGGGAGAAUAAAAUAAAAUGUUUAUCUGCACAUUAACUGAAGCUGACUCAUUAAGUGAUAUGUUGAAGGACCACAUCAUUUAAACUAUUGCCACAAGUUUUUAUAUUUUUAAAUAGACCUACAUGGCUCUUUAUUUGUUCCUAAAUAUGAAUAAAAUGGUGACUUAAUCUAAUAAA